UAUACUGUUACAUCCAUCACAGCCUGUACGCAGCAGCUCCGCAACACUCACGCAGACCCGUCCCGCUUUAACGGCAGAAGGAGAAGACAUAUUACUUACAGGUGUGCAAAAGUUUCUGAAAUGAUGCUGAAUACACAAAGAGAGAGUAGAGAUGUGGUGAGAAGAAGAGCCAGCACUCCAGUAUCCUCCUCUCAGCAUAGAGUAAUGCACAGAGACCCUCAGCAUCCUCCUCUUGCACAGUCUGCCUCAUACCAGGCUGGAGACACAAAACAUUGGUCCUCCGAUUCGGAGGAGUCAGACAGUUCAGGCCAUGAGUGUCUCUACCAGGUCAUCCUACUUGGGGAUCAUGGAGUCGGAAAGUCCAGCCUUGCUAGAAUCUUUGCUGGAAUCCAGGAAAAAGAUGCUCUAAACUGCAUAGGUGAGAACAUGUAUGAAAGAACACUGACAGUGGAUGAAGAAGAAACCACCCUCAUAGUAAUGGACACAUGGGAAGCAGAAAAGCAGGAAGAAGAUGAGAAGUGGGUUCAGGACUACUGCAUGCAGGUUGGGAAGGCAUAUGUCAUUGUUUACUCCAUCACGGACCGCAGCAGCUUUGAAAGUGCAUCAGAGCUGCGUAUCCAACUGCGACGCAUCCGUCAGGCUGAAAAUAUUCCCAUCAUUCUUGUGGGCAACAAGAGUGACUUGGUGCGCUGUCGAGAAGUAGCAGUGGAAGAGGGUCGGGCAUGUGCCGUUGUUUUUGACUGCAAAUUCAUUGAGACAUCAGCAUCAUUGAACCACAAUGUCCAAGAGCUGUUUGAAGGCAUCGUGAGGCAGAUCCGUCUUCGGCGGGAUAGCAAAGAGACCAACACACACCGGCGCUCCGUUUAUAAGCGCAAAGAGAGCAUCACCAAAAAGGCCCGCCGCUUCCUUGACAGACUGGUGGCAAUGAACAACAAAAAGAUGGCCUUGAAAGUGCGUUCCAAAUCCUGCCAUGACCUGGGCGUGUUGUGAGCCUUCACUUAUGAAAGUUUUGAACACUAUUAUGAGUCUGAUGGAUGUAUU